AUGGUGAUAAACAGACUGCCAUGUCCCAGGCAUUGAUUUACAACCCCUCCGCCCCCCCUCUUCGGCUUCAAAAGUCUCCAUGAGACCCAGUGGGACUCCAGCAGAGAUCUUGUAGCACCAUGGACAGAGACCUCUCCACUCCCUUCUGCGCUGGCCUCCUGGCUCUACUGCUGAUGGUCCAACUUCACGCAGUGCAUGGAAGGAGUUUCCUGAUUCAAGAAAACCAGCUGGCUCCUGGAAAAGACGUCGCAGAUUUCCAAGACAAGCUCAUAGCUCUGCUGCUGCAGAAAGGUCUGUCUGGCAAGUCUGGAAGAAGGCCUGAGAUCAAUGAUCUGGAGCUGGCAAGCAAGCUAGCAGAGCUGGAGCAGCUGGCAGCACUGAGAGAAAACCUAGCCCUGGAGAAGCAGCUGGACUCCAAUGCAAUAGGAAAGGAGUCAGCACACCCGAGCAAAAGAGCAUGCUUCUGGAAGUACUGUGUUUGAGAUCUGAACCCUUUCCAACCACCCCAGCAAUGUGUCACCCUCAAUAUCAUGUGUAAUAUAUAGACAGACAGCAUGUAUACAUCUGCAGAAAGGGUCCAUUUCAAACUUGUAUAUUGAGAGUGUUCAAACAGUUCAGUGUUCAAACACAUAAAACCAGGUGUUAUAUCUAAAACAUCCAUAACUAAAUUGUAUCUAAACUAGCAAGGUAUAAAAUUGAAAAGAAAAAUUGAAUUAUCAGGGAAAUGAUCCUAUGUACAGUAUUUUACUUUAUUUUACCAGGAGAACUAUGUGCAUAUUUCCUGAUAAAACAAGCCCUGUAAAUUGUAGCUUCUUAUUAUAUCAACACUAAAUAUAUUGACUAUCCUAUUAUGCUUGCCUCUGUACAUCUCUUUGUUUUGUUGUUUUGUCCUGCUACGAGUAUGCGAUGUGACUGGUUUCACUUAUAUUGAACUACCUUUCACAAGGUAGCAUUGGUGGCAAUCGGGAUGUGUGAAACCAGCCUGCAGUCUCAGAUGAUGUCAUUUAACUCCAUAAAAAAUGCUGUACGCGUAUCUAAUUUGAAAAUAAAACAAUGUACAAAGCAUUGAAUUGAAUUUUA